AUGUAAUUAGAAUUAGGAAUGGAUAAUAAAUCUGCAGCUAGUUCUUUAGGUGCUGCUGUUAAUAUCCUUAAAAAAUAUAAUGUAUAAGAUGAACUUUAGGACAUCAUGGGUGAUUUUUAGGAAAUAUAAUAAGAUUAAUAAUAAACAGAUAAUUUGUUUGAGUAAAUGGCAGGUAUGAAUGAUAACGAGGAUGAAAUAGCUGAUGAUAUGCAAGCUUUAGAAAGAGAACUUGCUUAAGAAUAAGAAUAAUAAAUAUAAAACUAACUUAAUGGUAUCCCUUAGGUUAAUAAGGCUCAACAAUAAUAACAAUAAUAAUAAUAAUAGUAAAUGUAGUAUAAUCAAUAAUAAAAUUAACCUUAAAAGCAAAAGAAUAAUGUUGAUGAUUUGCUCGCUGCUUAGUUAGAUUUUUGA